CGAUUUACAAACAAUCAUCGCCGUCAUAUGCUCUGCUGUCAAUGUUCGCUCUCUCAGAGCCAAUGGUUGGAGUAAAGGGGAGUUUGUGGGGAAUUGGCAACAGUAAAAAGAGCCCAACAAACGGCAAUAAGAGCAGCGGCACACCAGACUACCCAAGACUCAAUACAUAACAUACAGGGCGAGAUGCCGAUUAUUUCGUUCAUAUUCGCAUAGUCAAAACACAUACUCGCGGAGGGGAGCACGUAUAUUGGGAAAUAAUUGUGUGCAUGCAAGAUAUUAAGAAAUACACGAUAGUGCUAAAAUAUUUUAAAUAAAUACAUACAUAUAUCAACAAUACCAACAACAACGAAGUUGAUAACAAAGUAAACAAAUACUAAAAUAAGUAAAAGGGAAUUUUUUUGAUAAAAAAAAAUAAUAAAAAUAAAACAUCACAAAACAACAAAGAAAGGUUCUGCUGCCCAGGCUUGUAACAGCAGCUUCUUCAUUGGCAUUCGUUCGUUUGUUCACUUACUCACACAAACACACACCCAUACACCCCCUCUUACUUACACAAAUACUCGUACUCUAAAAAAAUCCAUUAUACAUUCAGACAUCCAGCCAGUCCAGCUAGCCCCUGUAGUUGCCAAAGCCGGGGAAUUGUAGUGAGCAGGGAAUAAAAUAUCAUCGUCAUCAUCGUAAACAAAGGAUUAAAGCACAAAAACAGUAUCAACAAGAGCAAUCGUCGGUUCUCGAGGAACAGGAAUAGCCACCAGAAGAAACCACCACGCAAAACCAUAAGCAACAAAAACAACAACAAAACAAACACAACACAGAACAAUGGAAGCAGUUGCCAAACAUGAUUUCUCAGCCACGGCUGAUGAUGAACUGAGUUUUCGUAAAAAUCAAAUCUUAAAGAUUUUAAAUAUGGAAGAUGAUUCAAAUUGGUAUCGUGCAGAACUCGAUGGCAAAGAAGGUUUAAUUCCCAGCAAUUAUAUAGAAAUGAAAAAUCACGACUGGUACUAUGGUCGCAUAACCCGCGCCGAUGCUGAGAAAUUAUUAUCAAAUAAACAUGAAGGCGCUUUCUUAAUACGUAUCAGUGAAUCCAGCCCGGGCGAUUUUUCAUUAUCGGUUAAGUGUCCCGAUGGUGUUCAACAUUUUAAGGUAUUACGUGACGCACAAGGUAAAUUCUUCCUUUGGGUGGUUAAAUUUAAUUCUCUAAAUGAAUUGGUCGAUUAUCAUCGAACGGCAAGUGUAUCGAGAUCACAAGAUGUCAAACUAAGAGAUAUGAUACCUGAAGAGUUACUUGUACAAGCUUUGUACGAUUUUGUGCCACAGGAAUCCGGUGAAUUAGACUUCAGACGUGGUGAUGUUAUCACCGUAACAGAUCGCUCCGAUGACAAUUGGUGGAAUGGUGAAAUUGGCAAUCGUAAAGGCAUUUUCCCAGCUACCUAUGUAACGCCAUAUCAUUCAUAAUUAUUGCUUAAACAUAAUAUCAUCAACAACAGCAACAACAACAACAACUCCCACAACAGUAACAGCAAUAACUUAAAAACACAACAACAAAAACAAAUUUAUACAAAACUAAAUCCUAUUAAAUUAUAAACAACAACAACAACAAAACAGAAAAUAAAUUAUACAUACACACACAAAACAAGCAUACAUUCAUACGUACAUUUAUCGAAUAAAACCAAUGCAAAAAUAUUAAAAGUGAAAAAAUACCAUCCUGCUCCCGAAUUUCAUGAACUCCAUAAAAUGAAAACAAACCCCCCCCCCCAAAAAAAACACAUUGUAAACACCGUAAUUUAAAAACAAAACAACAACAGCAAUUUAUUUUAAUUAAAAGAAAAGAAAAAAAUUAAACGCCACAUACAUAUACACACAUACCACAUAAUCUUAUGUUUAAAUAAAAAAAGAUUGAAAGCAUAUUAAUAUUAUUAUAUUAUAAUAUAAAUAAAUAAAUAAUUACCACUCUCAUAAACACACACACACACACACUGACAAGAAAGCCAACUGAAAACUCCGUAAAACUGCAUUUGUUUUUUAUGAAAAAAUAGAGAAAAUAAAACGAAAAAAAACCGAGGACAACAACAGCAACAUAAACAAUUUUUUUUACUUAAAAAACAAAAAUGUAAUGUAAACCCGAAAAAAGUAAUAAAAACUAUUUUUUAGUAAAACAAAACAAAUUUUUUACCUAAAGUUUAAAAAAAAGCGAAAACGUAUAAAACCGAGAUAUACAAAAACGUAAUAAUUUAUAUACAUACAUAUAUAUAUAUAUAUAUAAAUAAAUAACUAAAAACUAUACAAAUAAAUCGUAAACAUUAUUUUAUAACGAUUUCAAAUCAUCAUUUGCUGCUAAAACCGAAAGAUAUUUCAAAACAAAAAUGUGUUUCAAAAAAACAAAUGAACAUCAACAGAAAAAUGGAAAUUUCUAAAUUUAUUUUAUUUUCGUUUGCUUCCAUUUUCUUUCUACUGUAUUUUAAAGUAAAUUAACUCAACUAAGAACGAACUGCUGUUCUUUAUACAACAUCAACAAAUUGCCAUAUUUUUUAGAAAAAGAAAAGAACUACUAAAUGCGUGCAUACUUUAAAAAUAUUACAAAAACAAAAACAAAGUCUUUUAUGUUAUUAAAAAUAAUUUAUAAAGAAUUGUUUAAAUGAUAAAACAAAAACAAAAAAUAAAACUAUA